AGAUGGCUCAGUUAUCAUUUGAAUCUUCAUCUCAGUUGUCAUGGUGAUCACUCAGGAGUCAGAAGCAGAUGGGUUGUGUCAAAGUAAUCACCAAACUGAUGGCUUCUACUCAUUUGUUUACUUGUUGAUUAGUUUGUGUUUGGGCAGAAGGAGAGGGUCAUGUGUGAUGGAAACAAGGAUGGUGAUCCUGACAGCAGAGAGUCUUAUGGACUAAAGAUUUCACAGUUCUUAAAGGCUCUGGCUGAGAGGAAACCACCUCCUCCUGACAUCACACACAUUGACCCCCGAAAUAUCUCUGCCACCCUCUCCACUUUGAAAAAUGCUUCUAAUAUCAGAGGGGCCUUCAGAUCCAGAGCUGUGCUGCCUGAAAACAUUAACCAGUUAUCAAAGAGUCAGUUUAAGAGGUGGGAUCACCUGAGUGGAAGCCCACCUGCCUCUGCUCCCAUCCCUGCAGAAAACUCCUCCCCAAACACUGUCUUCCUGGCGCACUUAGUUAGAAAGUCCAGGAUGCCGCCCUCCUCUGAGUCUGCCUCCUCUAUCCGAGAACGGCUUCAAAGGCAUGAGAUACAUCCCUGCAUUCUGGGUAUGCAGGCCUGGAGCAAACAGAAGUCUUGUGGGCAACAGGCUACAGUGGACGCUGCCAAAACUGUCACAUACAAUUUUUUUUAGACAUCAGGAGGGCUCAGGCAGGGUUUUGGCAACUGGAGCAACUAAACUGAAGCCACUUUACUUCAAUCAUGCUGCAGUUAUGACUCCUCUCCACAUCUCAGCAAGGGUCCUGAAGGAUAAAAGAAUGAUAGACUAGUGUGCCCCUCAAACGCCCCCUCCCCUCCCGAGUCAUGGAGGUCUAUAACUGGGCUUUCAUCUCAGACCUGCAGAAACAGAACAGCAGCCAACUGACUAACACAGGACAAAACCUUCAAUACCUUACUUUAUACAAAGCAUCCCUGCAGAAGCAAACAGGCACAAAACAGGAACACAGCUUUUAUUUCAGGUGAUGAUCGUGGAACCAGCAGCCAGUCCCGGUCCAGAUUGUGGCCCUUCAUGCAACAAGUCCACAGCUUCAGCCGGAGGGGAGCCACCAUUGUUGGUCGACGCCUGGCUGGUCCCUACUUUCUUCGGCCUCAUCAUGCUGGUCGGCCUGGUGGGGAACUCACUGGUCAUUCAUGUGGUCACCAAACACCAGCAGAUGAAGACUGUCACCAACUUUUACAUCGUUAACUUGGCUACGACUGAUAUCUUGUUCCUGGUCUGCUGCGUGCCCUUCACUGCCACUCUGUACCCGCUGCCCAGCUGGAUCUUUGGGGAGUUCAUGUGCCGACUGGUGAACUACCUUCAGCAAGUGACAGCUCAGGCGACAUGUAUCACUCUGUCAGCCAUGAGUGUGGACCGCUGCUACGUGACCCUCUAUCCUCUGCAGUCACUGAGGCACAGAACACCACGCAUGGCUCUGGCUAUCUCUGUGUCUAUUUGGAUAGGCUCUUUGUUGCUGUCCAUCCCUGUAGCUGUGUACCAGCGUCUGGAGGAUGGAUACUGGUUUGGUCCUCAGACAUACUGCAGCGAGGUCUUCCCCUCUGCCCACCUCCAGAGAGCCUUCAUAAUCUACAGCUUCCUCGCCGUUUACCUGCUGCCUCUGCUCACCAUCACUGCCUGCUACGCCUUCAUGCUGAAACGCAUGGGCCAGCCUAGCGUCAAUCCCAUCGACAGCGGCUACCAAUGUACCCGGUUCAAGCUGCAGACUCAGGUGGCGCGAGCAGCAGCCGUGCGGGCGAGGGUCUCCAGGAUGGUGGUGGUGAUGGUGGUCCUGUUCCUCAUCUGUUGGGGGCCAAUCCAGAUCUGCAUCCUCCUGCAGGCUUUUGGCCUCCGCAGCUACGCUCUGUACAAGCUGAAGAUCUGGGGUCACUGCAUGUCUUACUCCAACUCCUCUGUCAACCCACUGGUUUACGCCUUCAUGGGAAACAACUUCAGAAAGGCCUUCAAACACGCCUUCCCCGCCCUAUCUCUGUGGCGCACAAGAGGGAGAGUGAGGGUGGGAACCAUGGACACAGAGGAAAGGGGAGAGACUGAUCACCAGGCACCCAAAGGAGAAGCAGAGAUGCACUUUCUUUCAUCUGGGUCCUAAAGGUCAUGCCCUGCAUUUGGACACUCUGCACAUUGUUCAUUUAUUUAUAGUCUGUUUGUUCUUGAGAUGAGAGAGUCUGCUCAGUAUGUGAGCAUGGUACACACUGACCCAAAUACACACACAGACUAUCCUGACACAAAAUGAACUCCAUACAGAGAGCAGCAAGAACACCAGUGAAUGACAGGUUUACCCACACUCCUACACACUGACACACACACUGCCAGUCAUGUGAUCUCUUUAAAAGGACAAACCAGUCAGGUGGCUCUUGUGACCUCCACAUGCUGCUAAAAUACAAUUAUGUGUGUCACAUUUUUCUGGUUUAGCUCAACUGUGCAUCAGUUUCAUUGCAUGUAAAAGUGUUUGAGCUCAUGGUCUGAUCUUGUACAGAGAAAAUUAGUUACUACAACCUUUAUUACCAGAAACCAUGUCAAUUCAUUUCAAGGUAUCACAGAAAGAGUAAAAGUUAGUCUUGAUUUCUGAUUAACACUGCUUUACAAUAACACUUUUUUUUUAAUACUCUUGUUGGUUUUAUUCUAAUUUCAGGGUCUCUUGUUAUUUUAUUUGACUGUCACUCAACAACAGGAAAUACUGUACUUUCUUCUCCACUUUAAAACUCCUGUGAGGAGAUUUUAGCCAGUUAUGAAAGAGACCAAAUUUAAUACUGAUGUCUCUUUAUAAUCUAAUAAAUAAAUAAGACCA